AUGUCAAAUUGGUUUAAAAUUGCUAUUGAACACAAAUAUAUUACAUUAUUUGAAUAUGGAUCUUUUCAGGAUCGGAAAGUAAUUGGUAGAGGAGGUUUCGGCAUCGUAUAUAGUGCUUAUUCAAGAGAUAUUGAAAAACUUAAAAAGAUACU